AGCGAAGACGUCACAGCUACGAACCCCUUGUUCCUUGACGAAAAUUGGUGGUAGCAUAUGAUCUUCCCUCGAGAACGACUGCCUGUACCCAACUUAGAAUCAUAUCCUUGAUCUACUCCCAAGGAUCAAUACAGUCUCAAAUUACAUGCCCAUCAUUGUUCUACCAAUCUCCGGCCCUUCAAUCGUUCAACAUUAUGGGUGGAGGUCCAAUCAACCCAUCAUCAAAGCCCAUACCCAAUGCCCCUCUCACUCUUCGCCGCGCAACGAUAGAUGACUUGGAUGACAUAACCUGGAUAUCCGUAAAUGGAUCCCCCGAUGACCCAGGUACCGACUACAGAUUCCCAUACCGUGAUAAGUACCCAGAGGAUUUCUGGAAGUGGACAAGAAUAGAGCACAAGGAAUUAUUCGAACGGCCUGAUAAGCUUGUCAUCCUAGUAGUUACAGCACCUGUGCUUGAUGAUGGAGAAGUCAUACACCAGCCUGUUUCUUAUGGAGUAUGGGACUUGAAAGUCACAAGCGACUUUAUACCCGGAGACCACGGCAUUAACGAACGUCGGGACGCAAACAGAAAACACAUGGAAGCCUAUGCCAAAGCCCUCCCAGCCGGUCUAAAGAAGUACUUCAAACAAUUCGGUUCAGAGCAAAUUCCUUUAUGGGAGCUUAUAACACACCCUGACUUUCGAAGGAGGGGAGCAGCUAGUAUGAUAUGUGAAUGGGGACAGAAAGAGGCGGAAAAGGAUGGGAAGAGUUUAAGUCUGUUGGCUACGCCUAUGGGGAAGGGGUUGUAUUUGAAGUUGGGGUAUCAAGUUCUGGGGAGUGUUGUAGUACAGGCUGAUGGGGAGGAGGAGAGAGUUGUUGUUGAUGCUAUGGUUAAGCACAAUAAGUGAGUUUGGGGAAGAUACUGGUUAAGAAUAGGCCUUUACAUGGUAUGAUGAUUUGAAUACCAUAUCAGGAAUACAC